AUGACCCUGUUCACCUAUCACCUAGACAACACCCCGGACCAGCACCCUGGAACCCCCAGCCACGACCACAGCAACACCUACCUCAAUGCCCACCACAGCCAGCGCAGCACAGACCUACCCCAGCCAGCUUCAGAGCCACCCAGACGCGGCUUCCCACCCCCUGCCCCCAAGCACAGACCACCCCAGCCCAGCUUCAGAGCCACUCAGACGAGGCUUCCCACCCCCUGCCCCCAGCACAGAGCACCCCAGCCCAGCUUCAGAGCCACCCAGACGAGGCCUCCCACCCCCCUGCCCCCAGCACAGACCACCCCAGCCCAGCUUCAGAGCCACCCAGACGAGGCCUCCCACCCCCUGCCCCCACACAGACCACCCCAGCCCAGCUUCAGAGCGACUCAGACGAGGACUCCCACCCCCUGCCCCCAGCACAGACCACCCCAGCCCAGCUUCAGAGCCACCCAGACGAGGCUUCCUACCCCCUGCCCCUCAGCACAGACCACCCCAGCCCAGCUUCAGAGCCACCCAGACGAGGCCUCCCACCCCCUGCCCCCAGCACAGACCACCCCAGCCCAGCUUCAGAGCCACCCAGACGAGGCUUCCCACCGCCCUGCCCCCAGCACAGACCACCCCAGCCCAGCUUCAGAGCCACCCAGACGAGGACUCCCACCCCCUGCCCCCAGCACAGACCACCCCAGCCCAGCUUCAGAGCCACCCAGACGAGGCUUCCCACCCCCUGCCCCCAGCACAGACCAGCCCAGCUUCAGAGCCACCCAGACGAGGCCUCCCACCCCCUGCCCCCAGCACAGACCACCCCAGCCCAGCUUCAGAGCCACCCAGACGAGGCCUCCUACCCCCUGCCCCCACCACAGACCACCCCCAGCCCAGCUUCAGAGCCACCCAGACGAGGCCUCCCACCCCCUGCCCCCAGCACAGACCACCCCAGCCCAGCUUCAGAGCAACCCAGACGAGGCUUCCCACCCCUGCCCCCCAGCACAGACCACCCCAGCCCAGCUUCAGAGCCACCCAGACGAGGCUUCCCACCCCCUGCCCCCCAGCACAGACCACCCCAGCCCAGCUUCAGAGCCACCCAGACGAGGCCUCCCACCCCCUGCCCCCCAGCACAGACCACCCCAGCCCAGCUUCAGAGCCACCCAGACGAGGCCUCCUACCCCCUGCCCCCAGCACAGACCACCCCAGCCCAGCUUCAGAGCCACCCAGACGAGGCCUCCCACCCCCUGCCCCCCAGCACAGACCACCCCAGCCCAGCUUCAGAGCCACCCAGACGAGGCCUCCCACCCCCUGCCCCCAGCACAGACCACCCCAGCCCAGCUUCAGAGCCACCCAGACGAGAACUCCUACCCCCUGACCUCCAGCACAGACCACCCCAGCCCAGCUUCAGAGCCACCCAGACGAGAACUCCUACCCCCUGACCUCCAGCACAGACCACCCCAGCCCAGCUUCAGAGCCACCCAGACGAGGCCUCCCACCCCCCUGCCCCCAGCACAGACCACCCCAGCCCAGCUUCAGAGCCACCCAGACGAGGCCUCCCACCCCCUGCCCCCAGCACAGACCACCCCAGCCCAGCUUCAGAGCCACCCAGACGAGGCUUCCCACCCCCUGCCCCCAGCACAGACCACCCCAGCCCAGCUUCAGAGCCACCCAGACGAGGCCUCCCACCCCUGCCCCCAGCACAGACCACCCCAGCCCAGCUUCAGAGCCACCCAGACGAGGCCUCCCACCCCCUGCCCCCAGCACAGACCACCCCAGCCCAGCUUCAGAACCACCCCAGCCCAGCUUCAGAGCCACCCAGACGAGGCCUCCCACCCCCCUGCCCCCCAGCACAGACCACCCCAGCCCAGCUUCAGAGCCACCCAGACGAGGCUUCCCACCGCCCUGCCCCCAGCACAGACCACCCCAGCCCAGCUUCAGAGCCACCCAGACGAGGACUCCCACCCCCUGCCCCCAGCACAGACCACCCCAGCCCAGCUUCAGAGCCACCCAGACGAGGCUUCCCACCCCCUGCCCCCAGCACAGACCAGCCCAGCUUCAGAGCCACCCAGACGAGGCCUCCCACCCCCUGCCCCCCAGCACAGACCACCCCAGCCCAGCUUCAGAGCCACCCAGACGAGGCCUCCCUGCCCCCUGCCCCCAGCACAGACCACCCCCAGCCCAGCUUCAGAGCCACCCAGACGAGGCCUCCCACCCCCCCUGCCCCCCAGCACAGACCACCCCAGCCCAGCUUCAGAGCAACCCAGACGAGGCUUCCCCCCCUGCCCCCAGCACAGACCACCCCAGCCCAGCUUCAGAGCCACCCAGACGAGGCUUCCCACCCCCUGCCCCCAGCACAGACCACCCCAGCCCAGCUUCAGAGCCACCCAGACGAGGCCUCCCACCCCCUGCCCCCAGCACAGACCACCCCAGCCCAGCUUCAGAGCCACCCAGACGAGGCCUCCUGCCCCCCCUGCCCCCAGCACAGACCACCCCAGCCCAGCUUCAGAGCCACCCAGACGAGGCCUCCCACCCCCUGCCCCCAGCACAGACCACCCCAGCCCAGCUUCAGAGCCACCCAGACGAGGCCUCCCACCCCUGCCCCCAGCACAGACCACCCCAGCCCAGCUUCAGAGCCACCCAGACGAGAACUCCUACCCCCUGACCUCCAGCACAGACCACCCCAGCCCAGCUUCAGAGCCACCCAGACGACAACUCCUACCCCCUGACCUCCAGCACAGACCACUCCAGCCCAGCUUCAGAGCCACCCAGACGAGGCCUCCCACCCCCUGCCCCCAGCACAGACCACCCCAGCCCAGCUUCAGAGCCACCCAGACGAGGCCUCCCACCCCCCUGCCCCCAGCACAGACCACCCCAGCCCAGCUUCAGAGCCACCCAGACGAGGCUUCCCACCCCCCUCACCCCCCCAGCACAGACCACCCCAGCCCAGCUUCAGAGCCACCCAGACGAGGCCUCCCACCCCCUGCCCCCAGCACAGACCACCCCAGCCCAGCUUCAGAGCCACCCAGACGAGGCCUCCCACCCCUGCCCCCAGCACAGACCACCCCAGCCCAGCUUCAGAGCCACCCAGACGAGAACUCCCACCCCCUGCCCCCAGCACAGACCACCCCAGCCCAGCUUCAGAGCCACCCAGACGAGGCCUCCCACCCCCCUGCCCCCAGCACAGACCACCCCAGCCCAGCUUCAGAGCCACCCAGACGAGGCCUCCCACCCCCCUGCCCCCCAGCACAGACCACCCCAGCCCAGCUUCAGAGCCAUCCAGACGAGGCUUCCCACCCCCUGCCCCCAGCACAGACCACCCCAGCCCAGCUUCAGAGCCACCCAGACGAGGCCUCCCACCCCUGCCCCCCAGCACAGACCACCCCAGCCCAGCUUCAGAGCCACCCAGACGAGGCCUCCCACCCCUGCCCCCACCACAGACCACCCCAGCCCAGCUUCAGAGCCACCCAGACGAGGCCUCCUGCCCCCUGCCCCCAGCACAGACCACCCCAGCCCAGCUUCAGAGCCACCCAGACGAGGCCUCCUACCCCCUGCCCCCCAGCACAGACCACCCCAGCCCAGCUUCAGAGCCACCCAGACGAGGCCUCCCACCCCCUGCCCCCAGCACAGACCACCCCAGCCCAGCUUCAGAGCCACCCAGACGAGGCCUCCCACCCCCUGCCCCCCAGCAAAGACCACCCCAGCCCAGCUUCAGAGCCACCCAGACGAGCACAGACCACCCCAGCCCAGCUUCAGAGCCACCCAGACGAGGCCUCCCACCCCCUGCCCCCAGCACAGACCACCCCAGCCCAGCUUCAGAGCCACCCAGACGAGGCCUCCCACCCCCUGCCCCAGCACAGACCACCACAGCCCAGCUUCAGAGCCAUCCAGACGAGGCUUCCCACCCCCUGCCCCCAGCACAGACCACCCCAGCCCAGCUUCAGAGCCACCCAGACGAGGCCUCCCACCCCUGCCCCCAGCACAGACCACCCCAGCCCAGCUUCAGAGCCACCCAGACGAGGCCUCCCACCCCUGCCCCCACCACAGACCACCCCAGCCCAGCUUCAGAGCCACCCAGACGAGGCCUCCUACCCCCCUGCCCCCAGCACAGACCACCCCAGCCCAGCUUCAGAGCCACCCAGACGAGGCUUCCCACCCCCUGCCCCCAGCACAGACCACCCCAGCCCAGCUUCAGAGCCACCCAGACGAGGCCUUCCCACCCCCUGCCCCCCAGCACAGACCACCCCAGCCCAGCUUCAGAGCCACCCAGACGAGGCCUCCCACCCCCCUGCCCCCCAGCACAGACCACCCCAGCCCAGCUUCAGAGCCACCCAGACGAGGCCUCCCACCCCCCUGCCCCCAGCACAGACCACCCCAGCCCAGCUUCAGAGCCACCCAGACGAGGCCUCCCACCCCCUGCCCCCAGCACAGACCACCCCAGCCCAGCUUCAGAGCCACCCAGACGAGGCCUCCCACCCCCUGCCCCCAGCACAGACCACCCCAGCCCAGCUUCAGAGCCACCCAGACGAGAACUCCCACCCCCUGACCUCCAGCACAGACCACCCCAGCCCAGCUUCAGAGCCACCCAGACGAGAACUCCUACCCCCUGACCUCCAGCACAGACCACCCCAGCCCAGCUUCAGAGCCACCCAGACGAGGCCUCCCACCCCCUGCCCCCAGCACAGACCACCCCAGCCCAGCUUCAGAGCCACCCAGACGAGGCCUCCCACCCCCUGCCCCCCAGCACAGACCACCCCAGCCCAGCUUCAGAGCCACCCAGACGAGGCCUCCUACCCCCUGCCCCCCAGCACAGACCACCCCAGCCCAGCUUCAGAGCCACCCAGACGAGGCCUCCCACCCCUGCCCCCAGCCCAGCCCCAGAGCCACCCAGACGAGGCCUCCUACCCCCUGCCCCCCACCGCAGACCCACACCAGCAGGAGGAGCCACAUCCCAGCAGGCAGAGCUACGCAAAGGCUAACCCUGGCUCUAUAACCCUGACCCUGGAACUAUAA